AGUUCUGAGGCAUUCUGGGCAAGACAGACAGAGCAGACGUGCGACAAUAUCAGAAAAGGGGGGAAUAGUAGCUUAGUUUAUUUAUAAGGCUAUACUGUGAAACGUUGGUUGCGUAAAGAAUGCGUAUAGUGAUUUAUUGUGUACAAUAAAUGGUAUGAGAUAUACUAACGCUAUUCUAACAUAAGUUAUAUUUCACUUUGGUUGAUUCCUUCAAAUGUUUCUGGACUCCUAACUCUGAAGAAUGAAUUCAUGACAACAAUAUAGACUUUGCUGCUCAAUAUGGAAGAACUGAAGAGCAUUAACAUUCAAAUACAGCCUACUGGCGACACUCAAGCACAAUCAGUUUGCUAUAAAGUGAAUGAAUCUCUAAACAAUGCAUGUGAUACUAGCGAACAACAGAUAACCCCCUGUAAUGGCCCCACACCGAUGACAAUAAACACCAAUGGCGGUACAUUACGCAAAGUACCGAACAAAAACAGUCCUGGCAGUUACAAAAAACCCACAAUUAUGCUGUCGCAUUUACCUAAAAGACCGCCUGUUGACAUUCAGUUCAAUGAUUUGUCAUAUUCCAUAUCUGAAGGAAGAAAGAGAGGCUAUAAGACUAUAUUGAAAGGUGUGAAUGGUACUUUCAAGUCUGGAGAAUUGACUGCCAUUAUGGGUCCCUCUGGUGCUGGAAAAAGUACCUUGAUGAACAUUUUGGCAGGUUAUAAAACUUCAAACUUGACCGGAUCAGUCCUCAUCAACGGAAAGGAGAGAAGUUUGAGAAGAUUCCGUAAAAUGUCUUGUUACAUCAUGCAGGACGACUGUCUCUCACCUCAUCUCACUGUGAAAGAAGCGUUGACCGUUUCUGCGAAUUUGAAAUUGGGAAAGAGCAUCAGCAGAGCUGACAAGAAAAUAGUCGUCAAGGAAGUAGUCGAAGCCCUUGGUCUGCAAGAAUGUAUUGACACCCACGCCUGCAGCCUUUCCGGAGGACAGAGGAAGAGGCUUUCGAUAGCCCUGGAGAUGGUCAAUAAUCCUCCAGUUAUGUUCUUCGACGAGCCUACUAGCGGUUUAGACAGUUCAACGUGUUUUCAGUGUUUGUGUCUGUUGAAAUCGUUAGCGCGUGGUGGAAGGACGAUCAUUUGUACUAUUCAUCAACCUUCCGCCAGACUUUUCGAAAUGUUCGAUCAUCUGUACAUUUUGGCGGAGGGACAGUGUAUUUAUAGGGGGGUAGUGAAGGGGUUAGUUCCGUUCCUUUCUUCAAUGGGAUUGAAUUGUCCAAGCUACCACAAUCCAGCUGAUUACGUUAUGGAGGUCGCUAGUGGGGAGCAUGGAGACUACGUUCAGAAGCUGGUAGUUGCAGUUAACGAUGGAAUGUGCACCAAAACAUUCCAACAACUGGCAUUGAAAGAACAAGAAGCACUCGAAGCUAAGAAGAUCAAAAACGACAUCAGCAAAUCUCAAGUAACCCCUGAAUCUAUCAUACAAAAUGGAAUCUCGAAAGGAUCUGCCCAUGCACCGACCUGCACCACAUCCCUUCUGGAUUCCUCAGACAAUUUAGCUCAGUUGGGACUGCAGAGUUUUCCAGCAUCUGGACUUCUGCAGUUUUGGAUUUUGCUCAAGAGAACAACGUACAUAAUAUUGAGAGACAAAAUGUUGACUAGGUUACGAUUGUUAUCGCAUGUUGUUAUAGGAAUUCUACUAGGCCUCAUCUAUUACGAUAUAGGAAAUGAUGCUGCCAAAGUUAUGAGUAAUGCGGGUUGCCUAUUCUUUAUAACAUUAUUCACAAUGUUCACUUCGAUGAUGCCAACGAUAUUGACAUUUCCGGUGGAGAUGUCAGUAUUUGUCAGAGAGCAUUUGAAUUACUGGUAUUCAGUUAAAGCUUAUUAUUUCGCCAAAACUCUAGCUGAUAUACCAUUUCAAAUUGUGAUGACCAUGGGAUAUGUUAUGGGAGUUUAUUACCUCACAGCUCAACCCAUGGAAUUCACAAGGUUUUCUAUGGUUCUUAUAAUUUCUGUAGCCACCGCUCUUGUUGGACAGAGCUUCGGACUUUUAGUGGGAGCUGCAUUCAGCAUAGAGAGUGGAGUAUUUCUUGGACCAAUAUCCACAAUACCUAUGGUAUUAUUUUCUGGUUUCUUUGCUAAUCUAGAUGACAUACCGUACUACCUGAAGUGGUUACCUUACGCCAGCUACGUCAAGUAUAGUUUCGAAGGGACUAUGAUAGCCAUUUACGGUUUGGACAGAAAGAAGCUGGAUUGCAAGAACGACUACUGCCAUUUCAAGUAUCCCAAACAAUUCCUCGAGGACAUGUCAAUGAAGGACGAUAUGAAUACGUUCAUAAUUAAUGUUUCUGUUCUAAUUGGCAUCUUUUUAACCUUGAGGUUCUUCACUUAUUUUGUUCUCCGGAUAAAAUUACGACAGAAUCGCUAAGUUCAUUAGGAGGACAUUGUGGACACUUCAUGAAUUUUCGGGGUUGCAAGAUCUUAGCAUAGACAUUCCAGCAAUACAUGCAUGUUAAGAGGAGACAUCAAAACGAUAUACUUAGGCAUCUCUUACAUCGAAAGUUGAGAGCUAAUCAGGUUUAUCUUUUAAUUAUGUGAUAUAUACUUAUUUCAGAGUAGAAGGUUGACAGUUCAUUCCAAAGGAAUGAUUAUAUAUAUAGGGUGAUAAGAUUUGCAAGAUGAAAGUUACUUGGAGUGGGCUAUCUCAGUUUUUGGUAAAUAACCCUUGUAGGUUUGAAUUAAAUUGGUGCGAUAGUGGUUAUAAAUGACAGUAUUGGCGUUAAAAUAAAAUCAAAUUGAAGUAUUAUUUGAUGUAAUACCUAUUUUAUCUAGUUCGACAAAUUUUAUAUUUCUUGAUUAAACUUUAAACAAUAUUGUAACUCAUGUACAUAAUCAUGGAACAAAUAAAUCAAAGGUGCUAUACAAAAAAUUGGCGAUUAAACGUAUAUCAGAACGCCGAAGUAUUAUAAUUCUAAAACAAACAGGAUUUAUAUGUUGAAACAUAUUCUGAGUUUUCAAGAUUUUCCUACAUAUCAACGUGAAAUGAAACUCAGGUUUCUGCGCAAUUCAAUAUAGAUCUGAAUACAUCACACUGGAUAAAUCUAAAUACUCCUAAUAUAAUAUUUUAUUAGGACAUCUUGUUCAUCAUUGUUUAAGAAUGUCCACUAAUACUGUUAGGUUAAUAUGAGGUAAUAAUCUGUUUCGAUUGCAUUUCAUGAAGACUUCGAAGUGAGACUUCAUUGGAACACUUCAAGUAAUUUUCUUUUCAUAUUUAUUUUAUUUUUGUAUAUGUAUCCUCAAUUGUGUUGAUUCAGUUUUAACAAUUAUCGAUAUGAAAUUCUAUUAUUAUCUGUGAUUUUAUCUAAUGCUAAUAUGAAAUACUAAGGAUUGACCAAAUUCUGAAAGUUAACUCUAAUAGCUGACUGAAAAAUCUAAAUGAAGGUUAGAUUCAGCACAAAAAAAAAAAAAAAAUAACGCCUUAGGUGGAGAGAUUUUCAUGACAAGGAGGAGUCAAGUUUUACAUCAACCUCAAAAUUUAUAUACUAUUUAAUGAGAUUAAAUAAUCCAGUAAACCAUUCAAUCUUCUUCAGAGUGAAAUCGUUAAAACGGAAAAUAAUAAGCUCAAAUAAAAAAUAGUAUAGAUAUUUUACUUUGAGCUCAUUAUUUUCUAGAUGAAAUAAGGUCCUUUGAGAAUGAGAUUAGUUUUUUCGGAUAUCAAUUCACUUCGAUACGUUCUCUAUAUUGUAAAAUAUAAGGGAAUAUUUCAACAGCAAUAUGACUGAAAUAUUUUGCGAUUCUAUAAUUAAGAAUCUGCAAGACUUUUUGUGAUCUGGAAAUGAGCGAGAUUAACGAAGGAUAGUUACUAAUCGAAAUCUUGUCUAAAUAUUGAAUUAUUAUGGAUUGUUAAAUAUUGUGGGUAGGUAUUCCUGAGUCAAAGGCCGCAAGAAAAUAAAUUUUCUGGUUACGAGGGACCGUCUAACUAUACGCUGUUGGGAAAAAAUUAACAGUAAUGUGCCUGGUCUGGGUAUGGGACACAGUAACAAAGCCUACACAAAAAACAGUUCUCCUGAAUCUUAUAAGAUCUAAGCUUUUGAGAUGUCUCAGUGAACCUCAGGAGAGAAUUGAGUUAGAAAACAUUGAGAAGCUUCGAGCUUUUAAACAUUAACCCUACAACAAAAUGAGUUUAGAUAAUGAAAAAUUAAAAGUGAGUUAAUCUCAUGAAACUAAGCAAACUCUGAAUAUUAAUUUUUCGAAUGUUUCAUACACUAUUCCGAUAUUCUAAAUAUUUUGCAUCCAUCUUUACGGUUGAUAGUAUAACUUGACUUGCUCUGUAUAGUUAUCUCAUUUAAUUUUAUGAGGCCUUCAUAACAUAUGAAAGCUUUUGUUUCUCUAGCAGCACUUCCCGAUGACCUAAUCCAGUCAAUAAAUAUUGUUAAUUCCUGAAGAAUUAUUUAUCCAAAAAUAAUUCAAAGUAUUUGAGUCGUAUGUGAAUAUGCAAACUGAUGUUUUAACAAUUACCUUUUCUCUACUAUCUAUUCAUGUGAUGACCUGGUAGGCGCAAAGUUUUCCUUUUUUCAAGCUGUGAUGUGUAACCAGAUUAGACAGUUUUAUUUUGUCAUUCCAAGAGAUUAUUCCAACCUGUGAUUAUAAAUUUUUUAUGGAAAAACCUACAAACGUAUUUCUUGAAAAAAAAAAGGCUUCCAUAGACUGAGAUCAGUAAGAUACGAUAAUAUUGGUAGGAAGUAUUUUCAAAUUAGUGAGCGGUCAAUAAGGCCAGCUUAGUCUGUGGAUGCCGGUUGCUUUUAGUUUAUUGUAUUUAUUGGUUUGUUUUACAUCUACAAUAAAUGGCACAAAUAAGAA